UUUAUAUUGUCAAAAUAUAGAAAUCAAAUUUCCUAAAAAUCCUCUCAACAUUCAAAUUCAUGGUUGUAAUUACAAAGAAAAGGGCAUACAAAAAUAAUCAAUAUUAACGGAGUAGAAAAUCAAUAUUUAUUAGUUGGCUAUCUUAAUUAUACAUCUCAAAAUUAGUAAAUAUUUGGCUUCUUAUUUCUAUUUGUUUUUAUCUUUUUGUUAUUUGGUGAUAAGAAAAAACAAAAAAAAAAAAUGGGCUCCAGUAAUAAUUUAACAAGAAAAAAAUUAUUUUUUGUUUUUGGGUUGGUUUUCUUUAUACAUGAUCUUCAAACUGCCAAAGGUGCUGAACAACCUAUUUUUGAUGUCACAAAAUUUGAUGCCAAGGGAAAUGGAAAGCCUGUAUACACUGAAGAUGGUGAAAAUGCCAAUUCAUUUGCAUUUAUUCAAGCAUGGCAAAAGGCUUGCAAUAGCAUAGGACCAUCAAAGGUAGUAAUUCCCACGGGAACAUUUGUGGUAGCACAAGUGUUAUUUUCUGGGCCAUGUCAAUCAGAAGUAACUGUUGAACUUGAAGGAAAGAUUACAGCUGAUCCUGAUCCAAGUGUUUUUCCUAAUCAAGAAUUAAUUGUUUUCCAACUUGUUGAGGGUGCCAAAUUAACAGGUACUGGCCUUAUUGAUGUUAACCAGCCCCUACAACCAUCUGAUCCUAAUAAGGAUUUUGUCUUUAUGGAAGUUAUGCCUAGUAUUAAGUUUAGCAAUGCUACAAAUUGUGUGGUGGAUGGGAUACAUUCAUUGAAUCCAUCAGCAUUCCAUGUGCUUGUUGAGAAUAGCCAUAACAUAUCUAUUGUCAACAGCAAUUUUGAUUCUACAACUAUUAAGCCUGAUACUCAUUCAAAUGCAAUUUAUGUAAGUGGUUCAAGUUUGGUGGCAAUCACCAAUACCCAAAUCAAAUCUGGUGAUGAUUGCAUAACAGUUUCUGGUGGUUCAGCUGAUGUUUCUAUUUCUGGCAUUACUUGUGUUGCUGGAAAAGGAAUCAGUGUGGGAUCCCAACUAGAUGGUUUUCGGCCGGACUAUAAUGUGAAAGGGGUGAUCGUAAAGAAUUGUACUUUUAAAGGGGCAGCAUAUGGUGCAAGAAUCAAUGCUAGACAAACUGAUAAACCUAGUGAAAUAUCCAACAUUGUUUUUGAAGAUUUAGUGAUGGAUCAAACCCUUAAUCCAAUUUCCAUCAAACAAGAUUAUCUCCCCAUACCAGAUAAGCCAAAUUACGCAAAGAUUACAAAUAUAAAGUUCAAAAAUAUAAAGGGUACCACAACAACAAAUGCAGUUGUAGCUUUUGCUUGUAGCAAAGUGACUCCUUGUGAUGGAGUUGAAGUAUCGGAUAUUAAUUUUAGCUUUACAGGAAAACCAUCUAUCAUUGGAAAGUUACCUAAUCUUCUUUCAGCUAAUUGUGCAAAUGCAAAAGUCACAUUUAGUGGGGCCCAUCAGGGCUUAAACUGUGCUUAAAAAUUUAUUUUAAUCCACUAAAUUAUGUUAUAUUAUAGCUACUUAAUUUUGUUGAGAUGUACAAGUGAAAAAAGAAGUUGAGGUAAAAAAAAAAAAAAACACUAUUUGGUAUUAUACAUAC